CUCCGUCUGCCAUUCACAGCGGUUACUGGAAAUGAUACACGGGAGGCGGUCGAACGGCAAACGUCCAAAAAUAAUGUGCUGUAGCUAUGAUUCAUCUGGAAGCCACAUUUUGAUCCGAUUUAUAAAACCAGGCAAUACUCAGCCUAUAGGUCCUUUUCAGUAAUGGGCCGCUAAAAGACCGCAGUAUCAAAUGGACGUCGUCGACGGUAUUGAAUGAGUCCAGCGUAAUUUCUACGGACUGAGAGAAAAUAUCGUUAAUGUGUUCAAGCCUAGUGGUGUGUUCAUCCCGUCUACCAGCCCUGGCGGUGUCGUGGACGACCGUGAUUAGAGCGGACGGGACGCGGUUCUGUCCCUAUCCACACCUGUAGAAGUUCAGCGCCGUGAUUUUAUUUUACCCCUAUGUUUGUGCAAAGAGCCGCCUCCAUAUUUCCCUAAUGAAAAUUACUCUUUGGAAGGGUUCCCGGGACGUGACAGAGAUGAUGUCGAGUAAAAGUGUGGAAUGGCUUCAAGAGGAACUUGAGUCCGGGCUCGGGGUGAGCUCGCUCCUGCUGCUGGACUGCCGAUCGCACGAGCUCUACGAAUCAUCACACAUCGAGUCGGCAAUCAAUCUGGCGAUCCCCGGUUUGAUGCUGCGGAGACUAAAGAAGGGGAAUCUACCGAUCCGGUCCAUCAUCCCCAACAACGAGGAUAAGGAGAAAUUCGUGAAGCGGUGCAAGACAGACAUGGUCCUUCUCUACGACGAGGCCACUACGGACUGGCAAGAGACCGGGCUGGGGAGCUCUGUCCUCGGCUUGCUGCUGCAGAAGCUCCGGGAUGACGGUUGCAAGGCUUUUUACCUGGAAGGUGGUUUCAACAAGUUCCAGACGGAGUACCCUGAGCACUGUGAGACCAACCUGGAUUGUUCCUGCCCCAGCAGCUCCCCGCCUGCCUCCGUCCUGGGUCUGGGUGGGCUGAGGAUCAGCUCGGACUGUUCUGAUGGGGAGUCAUCGGACAGGGAACCGGGCAGCGCCACCGAGUCCGAGGGCAGCCCUCUCCCCAACAACCAGCCUGCCUUCCCGGUCCAGAUCUUACCCUACCUCUACCUGGGCUGUGCCAAAGACUCAGCCAACCUGGACGUCCUGGGGAAGUACAACAUCAAGUACAUCCUCAACGUCACACCCAACCUGCCCAACAUGUUUGAACAUGACGGAGACUUCAAGUACAAACAGAUCCCCAUUUCCGAUCACUGGAGCCAAAACCUCUCCCAGUUUUUCCCAGAGGCCAUUUCUUUCAUUGAUGAAGCUCGUUCCAAAAAGUGUGGUAUCCUAGUGCACUGCCUGGCAGGGAUCAGUCGCUCAGUAACGGUCACCGUGGCCUACCUGAUGCAGAAGCUUAACCUGUCGCUCAACGACGCCUACGACUUCGUCAAACGCAAGAAGUCCAACAUCUCGCCCAACUUCAACUUCAUGGGUCAGCUUCUGGACUUUGAGAGAACGUUAGGGCUCAAUAGCCCAUGUGACAACCACGCCUCCACCAAUGAUCAGCUGUUCUUCACCACGCCAACCAAUCACAAAGUGUUCCAGCUCGACACGCUGGAAUCUACAUGAAAGGGAGGAGGGGCGGGACUAAGGUCUGGACUUGAGCGGCCAUCUUGGAUGUGAAUGUUUAUCUUCUGAUCAUCAGAAGCUGGCUGGCUUUGACAGCGGAUAGUCUGGGAUGUGGAUGGACAAGGGAAGAGGACAGGGGCAGAACGGACGCCAAAUGGAAGUCUGUUUUGGCUUGUAGAGUCAUUGGUCUCUCAGAGAGGAAGAGGGAGAGGAGGAAGCCUGUUCUGCUGUCUCAUCUCCUCAGUGGUUUGGGAAGCGCCUUAUCUUGUCAUCUUUUGGACCAGCCUGUUAUCUUCUGUCUAAGGAAGGAGGAAGUCCUAGAUGUAGACUGAUUCGUGCUGCAGUACAGAACAGAACCGUACAGAGAUUCAUACAAAGAUGGGUAACACAGAUAGAUGUUUCUGCUGCAGUCAUUCGUUGAUUCAUUGUUGUCCUCUCGGACAACGUCUUGAUGACGGUGCCAAUGUGUUGGAUUCACCCUUGUGGAGCUGGUCUCUCUCUAUUGAAUGUAUGGUUUGAUUUUUUAAAAGAAAUUAUUAACACAAAACACAAGUCUGUUCAAGUGAUGCAUAUAACAAUGUAAUUACAAGUACUUAUCAGUAUGUAUGUAUGUAUGCAUUUGUAUAUUUGAAUACAUUUACACACAAACGUAUGUCUACUACUACUAUACUCUGUACAAAAAUACAAACAAACACAAUAACGGCUGAAGGAGACUGAAUAACUAAAGAGAAAACAGACCAACAGAAAAUAACUUUUUGAUAAUAUUCUGGUUGUUUUUGUAAAAAAAUAUAUAUGUUUGUAACGAUGACCUAAUGCAGUUUGCACAGUGGUGAAGCCUAUCACUUCUUGGCAUUUAAACAAGUGAGUGUGAGAGGAAGUGUAAGAAAGGGUGAGAGAGAGAGUGUAAGAAAGGGUGAGAGAGAGAGUGUGAGAGAG